AUGGGCAAGGGUGCGCGGCAGGAGGACCCGGAGGUGGCCCAGGCGUGCUUCGACCUUCCCCCCAUCCCCUCCCAGGACGACACCUCCACCGAUCCCCAGGCGAGUCAAUCAGUGUGGGACGUGAUAGUGGUGGGCGCGGGCGUGGCCGGCGCGGCGCUGGCGCAUCAGCAGGGCUUGGACGGCCGACGCGUGCUGCUCCUCGAGCGGGAUCUGGCCCAGCCCGACCGCAUUGUGGGCGAGCUGCUGCAGCCUGGCGGCGUGCUGGCCCUGGAGCGCCUGGGCCUGGGCGGCGCCGUGGACGGCAUCGACGCGCAGCCCGUGGUUGGCUACUGCAUGUUCAAGGGCGGGCGCGAGGCGCGCAUCGCCUACCCCACCCCCGCCGAGCUGGGGGGGUCGGCGGCUGCGGCGGCGGCAUGCAGGGGCUCCGCUGGAGGCGCCAGCGCCGCGCCCGCCGGCGAUGCCCCCGUCACGGGCUUCUCCUUCCACAACGGGCGAUUCGUGCAGCGGCUGCGCGCCGCGGCAGCGGCUGCGCCCGGGGUCACGCUGCGCCGCGGCACGGUGCGCGCGCUGGUGGAUGACGCCGGCGCGGACUGGGAGGAGGGGCGCGUGGUUACGGGCGUGCGAUACCGCGCGGGCGACGGCGGCGAGCGCGUGGCGCUGGGCCACCUCACCGUGGUCUGCGACGGCAUGUACUCGGCCCUGCGGUCCAAGCUGGCGGUGCCCGACCUGCGCACGCCCUCCCACUUCAUUGGCCUCAAGCUGCACGGAUGCACGCUGCCCCACCCCCACCAUGGGCACGUCAUCCUGGCCGACCCCUCCCCCAUCCUGUUCUACCCCAUCUCCAGCCACGAGGUGCGGUGCCUGGUGGACUACCCGGGCGAGGCGCUGCCCUCCUCGACCAACGGCGACCUGGCCGCCCACCUGCGAGACGUGGUGGCGCCCCAGGUCCCCGCCCAGCUGCGCCCCGCCUUCCUGGAGGCCCUGGCCGCGGGGCGCGUGCGCGCCAUGGCCAACAAGCAGCUGACGUCGGCGCCGCUGCACGUCCCGGGGGCCCUGCUCCUGGGCGACGCCUUCAACAUGCGCCACCCGCUCACCGGCGGCGGCAUGACCGUGGCCCUGGCCGACACCGCGCUGCUCUGCGACAUGCUGCGCCCGCUGCCCGACCUGGCCCGCGCGGCGGCCACCAGCGACGCCACCGCCGCCUUCUACGUGCGGCGCAAGCCCUGGGCGGCCACCAUCAACACGCUGGCCAACGCGCUGUACCGCGUCUUCUGUGCCGGCCCCGGCGAGGCGCACGAGGCCAUGCGCAGCGCCUGCUUCGACUACCUCGCGCGCGGCGGCGAGUGCGCGCGCGGGCCCAUCGGCUUGCUGUCGGGCCUGAACCCACGCCCCUCCAUCCUUGCCGCCCAUUUCUUCUCGGUCGCCCUCUUCGGCGUGGGCAGGCUGCUUUACCCGCGCCCCACCCUGCGCGGCCUCUGGACGGGGCUGGCCAUAAUCUACGCCGCCUGCUGCAUCAUCUUCCCCAUCAUCGCCAAGGAGGGGUUCAGGGCCGUGUUUGCGCCCAGCAUGGCGCCGCAGCCGCGGCUGUCGGGGGCCAUGCGCAAGGUGGCCUCCGAGGCGAGGUUUGUGGGCAGCAGCGUGAAGCUGGCUCAGUAG